CAAACUUAAUCGGCAAUUAUGGCGACGGAGAGGAAGCUGCAUACGAUUAUCAUUGGAGCAGGGACGACGGGCUUGCUUGUGGCACAGGGUCUGAAGAAGGCCAACCUCCCCUACUCCCUCUACGAAUAUGAAACAGACACCUCCUACCAAACCCGCCCGCGGGAAUGGGGCAUGACGCUACACUGGGGCUCCGAGCACGUCUCCAACUGCUUACCUCCCGAGCUCGUCGCGAGACUAUCAGAAACCUACGCCGACACCUCCAUCGACCCGACUUCAGUCACCGGCCUCCCGAUUUACAACGGCAAAACUGGCGAGCGGAUCAUGGUCAUGGGAGCCGCGAACCCGUGCCGCGUCUCCCGGAAAAAGCUGCGCAAUCUGUUCAAAGAGGGGCUGGACGUUUCAUACGGGAAGGAGCUCGUUUCCGUGUCUAUUGAGAGAGUUGAGGGGGAGGAAGGGGAGAAGGUUGUGGCUGGGUUUAAGGAUGGGAGCAAGGCGGUGGGCGAUGUGCUGGUUGGAUGCGAUGGUGCGCGGAGCACGGCGAGAGAGUGUAUUGUAGGGGAAGAGGCGGCAGCGCUGACGGAGGUGCCGCUUACGAUGUUUAAUUUCACGACGAGGUUUCCAGCGGGGUUAGCGGAAGAGGUGAGGGGGUUGAGCCCGCUGUUUGUGAGUGCGAUUCAUCCGGAUCAUGGGAGUAUGUUUUGGACGAGUAUCCAAGAUGUCCCCUCUUCCGAUCCAUCAACCUGGCUCUUCCAAGUCCUCUUAAGCUGGACCCACGAUCCUCUCCUCAAAGACCUACGUAGCUACGAAGACCGCAUGGCAUUCUUCAAACAGCGCUCGGCAACCUACGCCGAGCCCUGGCGCUCCCUCGGCGCUGCGGUCCCAGACGACACCAAACUCCCCAUGGACCCGGGCACCUUAUGGGACAAGGCCUCCAAAUGGGACAAUCGCAACGGCAGGCUGACACUAUGUGGUGACGCCGCACAUCCGAUGACACCACACCGCGGCCAAGGCCUCAACAACGCGCUGCAAGACGCCUCGAACUUCGUCGCCGCGCUCAUCGCCGCCGCUUCCGCCAAAUCGCCGCUCGCCGACGCCGUCGACGCCUACGACAAGGAAGUCCUCGCGCGCGGCACGACCGAGAUGCAGAUCUCGUAUAAGCAGAGCAUGUUCAUCCACUCGUGGGAGACGCUGAUGCAGAGUCCGAUGGUGAAGCUGGGGAUGCAUCAGGCCAAGAAGGACGAGGGGGGUGCGGAGCGGGGUGCGGAGGAGGGGGAGGCGAAGUAAAGGGGGCACCCAGGUUGGAGGUGGAUGGUUGUGGGAAAGCGAGCGGACCGCGUGGAUGGUUGGAUGGGUAGCUUGAAGUAAUGCUACACGUGAUGCUGAGGAAGCUGGAUUUGGGGCGUGAGAUUGGGGUUUGAUGAGACUGGCGAUAGUGAAGGAGGUUAAAUUAGGUAGUUAGAGGCUCGCGAAUUUGAUUUGCGAAACAUUUGACACUCACGACCAUGGUGGUGGCCCUGAGUAUUGUGAAUCGGAGCCAUGGUGACACUAGUAGCGAGCGAGUGAUAGAAAUCGGACUCG